AUGUCUCAGGUAACUCCCAAUGUCUUGAACAUGACACGUGUGAUGACUCCUGAUGCAUCUCAUGCAUCACCCGGUCUUCCAGGUUCUGAUGUGUUGCAUCCAAUGUCAAGGGCAUCUGAUGACAAGUUCCAAAGCCAGUUUUCAUAUGGCAGUGGUGUCAGGGAUGCUCCAACAACCCCUGCUCACACACACACAUCCUCUGUGUCUGACAAUAAAGUCGCAACCAAGUUCAAACUCAAGGCAUCUCAGUUCUUAAAGCUCAGCAUGCUCAUCAAUUGUGCCCAGGAACGACUCAGAUCACAUGCCAACUUGUUAGGAUUUCUGAAUGUAUUCAACAACCCUGCAAAUGAAUGCAUGCUUUGUGCAGCGAUCAAAAAGGAGUGCAGUGCCAUUCAAAACAAGUUCCACACACUGCUUCUGGACAGUACCAGCCAGGAGGAAGGGAAGACAUGCAUGAUGCUGGAAGAACUUACAUGGACAGUACUCAGCAAAUACAGACAUGGUGGUGUAGGUUCAGGUUCGAAGGCCAAGUAUCAGCUACACUUUGCCUUCCUGCAUUAUUAUGGGAGGGCCCAUCAAUAUGUUGUGGGGAGAACUGUGAGCGAUGAUAGUGACUUGGAGAGUGGUGGUGAAGGGGCUGCACAAGCAAGUGCCAAAGGGUCCAUGAACAAACCACCUGCAAAAUGUGUCAGGACAGAUCUUGACCAGCUUGGAAAGGACAUGAAGAACAAUAAAUGGCAUGAGUUUUUCAACUUGAUCAUCACUCAGGAUCAAGAACUGUAUGGCAAGAACGUUGGAUCCAUCCUACUGCCUCUCCCCAGCAUGUACACAGAAUCACCAGCUACUGUUUCUUCUGCCCCUUGCACACUGCCUACUCCUGGAAAUCACAGGGCAUCUCAUAUAACCCAGUUGUCUGUCAUUAGGCAAUCCUCUGUGACCAACAACACAUCACCACAACCUGCCUGCUCAGAGGGUUUGCAUGCCAAGGACAGUAAUGAGGAUCUGCUGAGCAAGAAUUUCUAG